AUGGAGAACAUCCACUCGGAGACGUAUUCAUUGUUAAUUGACAAUUAUAUCAAAGAUCCAGCGGAGAAAGAUAAGAUCUUUCGCGCCAUCGAGACUGUUCCUAGCGUGAGGAAGAAGGCUGAGUGGGCCCUGUCGUGGAUCAAUGACGACAACUGUUUCUCUGAGAGAUUGAUUGCAUUCGCAUGUGUUGAGGGUAUCCUGUUCUCUGGCUCCUUCUGCGCUAUCUACUGGCUGAAGAAGAGGGGACUGAUGCCUGGCCUGACCUUCUCCAACGAGCUCAUCUCUCGUGACGAAGGCCUGCAUGCUGACUUUGCUUGCCUACUGUAUAAUAUGAUGCACUAUACGCGUCUCCCGGACGAGCGGGUCCAUGAGAUCGUCAGGGGUGCCGUUGACGUGGAGAGAGUUUUCAUCUCGGAGUCGUUACCGGUGUCUCUGAUCGGUAUGAACAGCCAACUCAUGUGCCGCUAUAUCGAGUUCGUGGCUGACCGUCUCCUUGUGGCGCUUGGCCAUCCCAAGUUAUACAACGCCACGAAUCCUUUUGAUUGGAUGAAGAUGAUUUCUCUACAAGGCAAGACCAACUUCUUCGAGAAGAGAGUUGGUGAGUACCAGAAAGGAGGCGUUAUGGCUGGUACUGCUGCACAUAAGAACGGUAGCAUGGAUGCUGAGGAGAGAAGAAAGAGCAUCGGCGCUGAUUUCGCCUUGGACGAGGAUUUUUAA